AGGAAUUCGGAGUCGGCAAUAUGGCCGGCCAGAUGUGCAGCGGCAGGGUGUCACGGUGGUGUUAGUGCCGCGCGCGCGCUGGACUUUGCGUUCAUCUCGUUAUUUAUAUGUCGAACUACCGCAAGUCCUGUCCUAAUCUCGCGUGUUUUCAUGGGCUCGGUGACAUACUGUGCAGGAGCAGAAACACGACGACGGCUUGCAUGAGGGCAUAGCACACGCUCACCGGCCAAGCAAACAUGAACGAAGUGAGCAUAUCAUCCGCCCGCGCGUCGGUGAUGGUGUACGACGACGUGAAUAAAAAAUGGAUACCGAGCGGCAGUUCGUCCGGCCUCUCCAAAGUGCAGUUGUACCAUCACCAGGUGAACAACACGUUUCGCGUGGUCGGCAGGAAGCUGCAGGACCACGAGAUCGUCAUCAAUUGCGCGAUCCUGAAGGGUCUUAAGUACAACCAGGCCACGGUCACGUUUCACCAGUGGCGGGACAACAAACAGGUCUACGGGCUCAAUUUCUCCAGUAAGGACGACGCCGACGCCUUCGCCCGGGCGAUGCUCCAGGCACUCGAUGUGCUGAGCAACGGCAGUAACAUAUCAAGGAGUCUUGCUCCGACAACCACCGCGGCUACUCAGCAGCAAACUGCCUACCAGCAGCAACAGCAGCAGCAGCAACAGCAACAGCAAAGUCAGGCAACCGCACAAUAUGAAGAGGACAUGGGAUACAGAACCAUGACCAGAGAAGACGUAGCGAUAAUUCAAGAACGCAGAAUGUCCCAACAGAGUCAAGCAACCAGCAGUCCCAAUUGUGCUCCUAUAUCACCGAGCUGCCCGCCAGCUGCGCAACAGCAACAGCAGCAACAACAGCAGCAACAGCAGCAGCAAUCCGGUCAUCAUCGAACUUCGUCGGCGCCGCCAGCGCCGCAGCCGCCGCAGCAGCAGCCACCAGCACUACAGGCCAUGCAAGGUGUCGCUGGCAUGCCUCCUGCCGCUCCGCAGAUGUCGGCCGGACACACCGGUCCUCCUGUACCGCCGCCACAGCCACCGAUCGCGCCUCCCGCGCCGCCGUGUCCGCCGGCGAUGAUGAAUUUCAACUCGUCCGCGAUACCGGCGCCACCGAUGAUGAUGAACCAGUACGCGCAAUCGCCGUCUCAAUCGAAUCUCGCGAGUCAACAGUCUCAUCAGCAGCCCAUUUACGUGACUAAUCAGACAAAUCAGUACGGCGCUACGCCCGCGAGCAAUCAGUACGCGAGCGCCGCCGGUGGUACCGGAAGCGGCGCGAGCACCGUCGGCCAGAGUCCGAGCCAAUAUCCACCCACCGGCAGCCAGAACAGUUUCUACGGUACUAACAGUCAGACGAGCAAUUACGCCGCGGGUGGACAAGUGAACGCGGGCCAGUACGGAAGUCAGCCGAGCGGUAAUCAGUACGGAAGUAGUAGCUCGAUAAAUCAGUACGCCACCGGUCCGCCGCCUGGUCCGGCAAGCCAGUACGCGGUCGCGCAGCCAGGUCAAUCUCAGUACGUGUCGCAAGCGCAAGCACAGUAUGCCGGCACUAGCGGCCAGGUGCAGACGCCUGCCACCGCAGGCGCCACAAAUCCGUAUGGCACACCAUCGAAUUCGGUGAAUCAAUAUGCCGCCGGCGGGCAUCACGCGGUUAGCGCUAACGCGUACGUUCCCAUCGCCGGCGCUGGCGGUCCACCGCCGCCCCCGAUGGUGCCGCUGGGUGGACCAGCGGCGCCGCCGCCGCCGCCGCCACCACCUGUACCCAACGCUAGCAAUUCUGCCGGCUCAUCUGCCAGUUCCGAUUCCGCACCUGACACCAACUCGUUGGCUGCCGCUCUUCAGGCUCGUCUCAAAAAGAAACAGCAACAGUCGCAGCCGGUGGAGAAUAGUGGUUCGAGCACUAGCAGUAGCGGCAGCGGAAGUAGCGGGGGCAACUACGGCACUUUAGGGAGAGGCGGAGGCGGCGGAAUGGCUUCCAUGAUGGACGAGAUGGCCAAGACUUUGGCGCGCCGGCGAGCCGCUGCUGAAAAGAAGCAACCUGAACAACCACCGGAACCGGAAAGCUCGCCAGACAAAAAAUCCUGGGACAAGAGCAAUGCAUCGAACAAUAAGUUCUCGAAUGGCGCCGAGUCACCGAAAUCAGUGCGCAAGAGGUUUGGUUCGGCCUCGGAGGACACGCUUCUCAAGGUAAACGGAGUCAAUGAUGGAGCCUCACUCACUGCACAAGAGAUGGAGGCCUUCAAGGCGGAGAUAAUUAAAGAAGUGCGCAAAGAAUUCCAGAAGAUGAAGCAGGAGAUAAUAGAUGUCGUGAGAACAGAACUGAACAAGAGAUAAAGAAGACGAUAAGGAGAGAAAAGGAGACAGAGCUGCAUUCUCAAAGCCGAAAGGAAUGAGACAGCAACAACAAAAAAAAAAAAGAAAACAGAAAAAACGCGCUUGAUAUCGGAACGAUAUCAUCGAGAUCCACAUACAGGUUUUUACAACAUAUUUGCGAGAAUGUAGUAUGGUUACAUUCAUGUAUAUCGGACAUUUGUGUGUAAGUAAAUUAAUCUAACUUAGCAUCUUAAGUGGCCGUAACUCUUUCGUUAUUUACUAUACGAAUAACAAUCGUAACGAAACGUUGAAUCAGUUGAGUUUCCUUUGAUACGGUUCAUGGGUCAAUUUGUUUUACACGCACAAGGGAUUACGAGAGACGCCCACGAGGGGGGUUCCGAUCGACGGAGACGUUUCAAUGAGAAUAUAAAAUAAGUACACGCACAAUGAGAUACUAUUAUAUCGCUUCGUAGAUUAAAGGGAUAUCGAUAAAGACCAAAAAAAAAAAAAAAUAGUGUACUAUUUAUAAUAAUAAUAUCGGUCUCUAUGCAUAAAUAUCUACACUAAUCCACGUUUCGAGAAGCGCUCGUUUUAUAGUCAAGGUCGAUCGAGCGAGACGUUUUGUAAUUAAGAUCAAUAUUAUAAUCGAUCGGACGAGUUUUUUACGAUGAGUUUCAGCGUGGCGAUUAGUUAAUUCGCGAGAAACUCAAUUAUUUCAACGUCCAACGUUACGCAACGCAUAUUUUUUACUGCAUAUGGUCAGGCAGGGUUUCUAAAACCUCUUGUACGCUGAUACUAUUUCUUUAUAUAUUUUCAUAUUUUUUUUUUUUUUUUUAC